AUGGCCACCAUAACAACCCUCCCAGACCCCGUAGCGGCCAUCAACGCUACGGAGAAACUGUCCAACUUGUCAAUCUCCGCCCUGGAGGUUCCCGAGCUGUCCUCGUCAGAUCGCGACACCAACUCAGACUCCCAUUCAGACCACUAUACCCCAGCAACCUCACCAGGGCUGCCCCCUUCCACCACAACGAUUCCCCAGCGGAUCCCUACAUAUCCCAAGUCCCGAAUCUCCCUCGUCGACCGCUUCAUUGACCAGCCCCGUGCCCUCAAAGUAGCUGUCAUCGGCGGUGGUCUAGCGGGAAUCACAGCUGGCAUCUUGCUUCCUGCCAAAGUCCCCAACAUCCAACUGACCAUCUUUGAGAAGAACGACGACUUUGGCGGCACCUGGCUCGAAAACACCUACCCCGGCGUCCGUUGCGACAUCCCCUCCCACGUCUACCAAUCGACCUUCGAGCCCAAAACCGACUGGUCCGACCAGUUCGCCCCCGGCGGCGAGAUCAGAGACUACUGGCAAUCUGUCGCCAAGAAGCACGAUGUCUACCGGCUCGCACGAUUCGGCACCAGAGUCCAGUCACUCGAGUGGGAUGCGGGCAAGUCAGUCUGGAAAGUCAGCACCCAACACAAAGAGGAGGAAGGACCAAAGGUCGAAGAGUUCGACUUUGUCUUGAACGCCAUUGGGCGGUUCAACGCCUGGAAGCUGCCAGACUACGAAGGGAUCGAGUCGUACAAGGGCCACCUGAGACACGCAUCACAUUGGGAUGGGGAGUUUGAUGUUGACAGCAAGACUGUGGCGGUGAUUGGGAAUGGUGCCUCUGGGAUUCAGCUGGUGGCCAAUCUGCAAAAGAGGGUGAAGCAGUUGGAUCAUUAUGCGAGAAACAAGACUUGGAUUGCAGGCAGCUGGGCGGGUGAUGAACGGACUGCUGGUCCUCAGCCUUAUUCUGAGGAGCAGAAGGAGUUGUUUGCGAGGGAUCCGACGGCGUACCUCAAGUUCAGAAAAGAGCUGGAAGACAAGUACUGGAGGAGGUUCUCCGCCUUCUUCAGGGGGUCGGAGACGAACAUUGAUCUUCGGGAAAGGUUCAUCGAGAUCAUGAAGCAGAGGUUGAAGAAGAAGCCAGAGUUGUUGGAGCACAUCGUUCCAGACUUUUCACCAAACUGCAGACGCCUGACACCAGGGCCGGGAUACCUGGAGGCUAUCUCGGAAGAUAAUGUCGAGUACAUCACUUCGCGGAUCGCGAGGUUCACAGAAGAUGGAAUCGUCACAGUGGAUGGCAGAGAAAGGAAGGUCGAUGCUGUCUUUUGCGCGACGGGUGCGAACGUGGACAUGGUGACACCAUUCCCCAUCAAGGGACAGGAUGGGACAGAGUUGAGGGAGCUCUGGGAUCCAGAGUCAAAGACUGGCUAUGGCUUCCCGUACACCUAUCUUGGUCUCGCCACCCCAGGCUUCCCCAACUUGCUGUUCGUCCAUGGUCCCCACGGAACAGGUCCGUCGGGUACUGUCCCGCAUUCCGUCGAGGUCCAACUGGUGUGUUUCGCCAAGAUCCUGAGGAAGGUAGCAAGAGAGGGGAUCAAGAGCAUCCAGCCAUCCAGGAGAGCAGCUGAUGAGUUCGUCGAGUACUCUGAUGCCUUUUUUACCUCGACUGUUCUUAGUGAUAAUUGUAGCAGUUGGUACAAUGGCGGGCGUCCAGGCGGUAGAAUCCACGGCAUCUGGCCAGGAAGCGCAGGCCAUGUCACGGCUGUGAGAAGAGAGCCCAGAUGGGAGGACUGGGAGUACACGUAUCUCGGGCCUGAGGGCAAUCGGUUUGCAUGGUAUUUCGGGAAUGGCUGGACAAGCAAGGAGGCAGAUGAGAACUCGGACAUGACCUCAUACUUGCGAUUACCGGGGGAGGUGAAUCUGAAGGACCUGCAUGAGAGUUGGUGGGAUCUACCCUAG